CGAAAAUUCCUUCCUUCCUCCAUGGUUUGGAUAGACGAAUGGAUUUAUGCUCACUGAGUCACUCACUCACUCACUCACUCACUCACUCACUCACUCACUCACUCAUUCAUCUACCAUUGCCUGCGCUUACAACCGUAGGGCUGUCUUCUUCCGGCGGGCAGCUGGGCGUGACCAGGCUGGCGUCCCGUUGGGCGGGCGCCCUGCGCUCGCGGAGUCUGCUGUCGGUUCCUCAGCAGCCCAGGCUCGCCUCGUCUGUGGCGCUGCUGCGCGCCGUGGCCACGCUGCACGGCAACGCGGUGCGAGAUCCCUCGUCGUGCCACCACGGCUCGUCCAGGACUGUGCCCAGAGCUCUGCUGUUGACGCUGGACGAAGUGCAGCGUACCCUGGCGUCCUCGGUGCAGGACUCGCUGUCGCUGCACCUGUCCGGCUACGGGGUGUGCGUACGCGGUGCGCAACCACGCGAGCGCGUCACCACACUGGGGCUGCCCAACGGAAGCGUUGUCAACUUGGAGCCGGCCUCAGCUGCCAGGUGCCUCGUGAUGGACGUGAGUCCGUUCCCGUGCGCGGACGACUCGCUGCUGAACACGCAGUUCGUGAUGGUCAAGCGGGCUGACGGCCACUCGGCGGAUCAGGCGUCGGUAAUGGUCGAGCUGUUCCUGCGGAAGCGGCGACCCGACUCACCGCUGGCCGCAAAUAACCGCGCGUCCGCCAGUCGCGGCUUCGUCACGCUGCACAAGUUGGACGUGCCGGCAGCCGCGGCGGGAUUCGACCUGCUUGUCCAUUUGGAGCCGGAGAGGCCCAUAGAUCUGCUGCAGGUGACGUUCAGCGCUGGUCGCGAGCCCACGGAGGCCGAGCUCCUGCGCAGCCCCGGUCCCGAGUGGCGCUCCAACCGCACGCUGGUGCCGCGGGUGGCUCUGGGCGGUCGCCCGCUGUUCGUGGCCGUUCGUCUGAAGCUGGAGUGGGGGGUGGGCGCGCUGCGGCCCACCGACCCGCGUCGCGUCCGCUAUAGGCUGUGGACCGCGCUGGUGGCUUGCCGCAGCUGGCGGCGACCCGCGUGGUCGGGCCGAGGCUGCGCCGCGGUUCUCGACUCGUCGUUGGAGACGCUGCACUGCCGCUGCUCGCACCUGUCGUGGUUCUCCGGCGCCCACUGGGUGGCGCCGAACGAGAUAUCCUGGCGGAAGGUGUCGCGCGGUGUCCGCGAGCGCCACCUGCUGGUCAGCAGCUGCGUGCUGGCCCUGUGGCUUCUGUACGGCGCCGUGCUGCUGUGGGCUCGCCGAGCAGACCAGCGGGACGAAGUCUACAACACGGUGACCGACCUGCAACAGAACCUGCCCACCGACCAGCAGCCCUACAUAGUCACCAUCAUCACCGGCUUCCGUCGCAACGCCGGCACCACCAGCAAGGCGCGUGCCCGUGCACGUCUAUGGCUCUUGUUUUGCGUCACGUGAAGCUACUGUAUACACGCUCCCUACGGUAUCUUUAAGAGAAUGCGCAGUAACUGCACUAUUAAGUGUGGGCAUGACCGUCUUACACGGUGGUGCGACGCUGCGACGUUGCCCCUCCCGAUGUCACUAUGGCUUUUUCUUUUUCUUUUUUGUCGUAGGUGGCUCGCGCCCCCGCUUGGAUGAUGCAAAAUAUUCGCUAUCUAUAAUCUGAACCGGAUGAGUUUUAAAAAAUUUUUUUAAUAAUACAUAGGUAUUAAUUGUGACAUACAAUUAUCCCAAGGGAAAAAAUCAUUACGGUGUCAAGAAAUAUCUAUAUCCAAUACGUGACGUCACUAAUAAUCCCUCAAAAGUUAGUUAUGACGCUGUUUGUUAACCAGAUUGUCCAUGUUGUUUCAAAAAACAUAUUGCCUUAUACCAUAUCUCUCCAUAAGAAAAUGAAUGUUAUAGCAUGAGCCAUUCUUGCUACUGAAGUUUCCUUCAUAACGUCAAAUAUUUUUGUACAAGAAAUUUAAACGUAUAGGCUAAUGCAGUAUGAUAUUGCAUUGCGUUCGUUUAUACUGGUUAUUCAUAUGCGUGUGUUGCUUAUGUACGAAACGCCUUUGCGUUGUUCACUGUCGAACAGAAAGUGUCUUCUUUCCAUUGUGUAUUUUUGUUAGAACUGACUCCUGCGCCCCGUACCCCUCCACAUUAUC